AUGUGUCUCCGCGAGCUACAGGCCCUGGCUAAAGUUAACAUCUGCGUUUGCACCCCUGGCGCGCAAAACAAGAUUUCAUAUGAGCGGGAUGGCUGCCAGAUGGCGCAUGAGCUCGAUGAAGCGGCUGCGGGCAGCAGUCCUCCGCUCCAGCAGCAACGAAGCGUUAAUAUCGGCUUGGAAUUUGAUCUUAAUAUUGAUGUUGUUGGUGUUGAUGUUGCCAGGAAUAACAAAAUGAAUGAAAGUUUUGCGUUGGAUUUGAGCAGUCGCAGCAGCCCGCAUCUGCAGCAAACAAAUCUCCAGCAAUCGCCGAACCAGAACCAGAUUCAUAACCAGAUCCCAAACCAGAUCCAGAACCAAAUCCAGAACCAGCUGCUCUUGAGACCGGGGCCGCCACAGCAACAGCCACAGCCACAACUGCUACAGCCGCCACAGCCGCUACAGCCGUUUCAACAGAUGGUGCAACAGCUCGGUCAGUCGCCCUCGGCGUUGGCGUCCCCGCAGCCGCCGCCAACACGGGAACCACCACAUCGCCACUCGCCGCCACACCUGCAACAGCCGCGGCUACAGCCGCCACCACAGCAGCCGCAGCCGGUACGGCAGCCGCUACAGCAGCAACCGGAAAGGCAUCUGGUGGGGGUGAGUGUACCGCACGUUACCGGGUGGGGGGAGGGCCAGCGGAACGGUAAUGGCGGCGGGGGCGCCGCCGCUGACGGCGGCGGCGGCGGCGGUUGUGGCGCUGACGGCGCCAAAACAACUGGAUUUGUUGGACGCACCGACGCUAGCGGCGCCAGCCGCGGCGUUGGCGGGGGUGGCAUUGGCGUUGGCGGGGUUGGGGGCGUUGGCGGCGCAGGAGGAGGAUCUUUCAUGGCUUCCAGAUCAGGUCAGUCCAGGGUCAUCAUGACCACUCCUGAGGGCCAGGCGGCGUUGAAGCUCGCUUUGCAACGUAAGGCCCAGGAACGAGCUCUUGCGGCGGCGGAGGCGGCGGGGGCGCACCUGCCGUACGACUCGCCGGAACGCAGCAGCGGCGUGGCCCCUGGUACCGGCGCACCAGUACACGCUCCCGGCCCGUACGGCAAUACGGUUAUUAUGCAGCACCAGCCGUCGUACGGACUGAUGACGCCGCAGCGGCCGCUACAGCGACAGCCGCCGAACCUUGCGGUGACGCCACCGGGGGGCUCUGCGGUACAGGAUCGUACGGCACGUGGCCCACGGUCUUCGAUGCUCGGCUGGGGCGGCAUGGAUGGCGAGAGCGGGUCCGGAUGGCAGAUUGGGACUUUCUGCCGUACAGGCCAGGAUGCCGCCAGGCCAGUAGCCGCCGAGGCGUUGAACAUCGAGACGCCUGCCGAUUGGUCCGGAGGCCCCCGGCUGCCUGCUGCGGCGCCGGCCCUGGCGGCGGCGGCAGCAGCUAUGCCCGAUGUACGACAUGGCAACGGCGGUGAUGGAGGCGGCGACAUCAAUGCUGCCACGGCGGCCGUACAUGAAGACAUAUCGUCAACAUGUACGGCAGCGGCAGCGGCAGCAAUGGCCUCUCCGAAUGACAUGGGAGCUGGGAUGGAGUCACGCACUGUACGGCAAAAAAGUGGUACGGCGGACGUUGGCCAGGCUAGAGGUGCAUGCAGCGACGUGAUUGCUUCGGAGGCGCCGCCAAUGCCUGUACAACAGCUACAGCAGCAGUACAGAGAUGUCAUACAGCAGACCCGGAGCCAGGAGACGGUGGCAUCUUCGCGGCUCUGUGAUAUGUCUGCAGCAGUAGCGGAGGCCGGCCCGGCGGCGGUGCCGUACCGGUUCCCAACGACAGCAGCGGUGUCCCCGGUCAUGCUACAGCCGCAGCUUUCACCGCAACGAUCACUGCAGCUACAGCUACAAUCACCCGCAGUAGCCUCCGCUGCCGUACCACUCCAGCAAGAUUCCGUACACCCUAGAACCCAACCUCUGGAAGUCUUGCCGGAUUUCCAAAAUGCUCAGCCGCAGCAACAACUAGAACAGCAGCUACAGCACCAAAGUCAGCUACAGCCACCUGAAGGCUUGGCGGUUCAAGGACUUGAAAGGGUGGAAGCUGCCGCAGCGUCGCCGCUAUCUGACGGCCGGGGUCACUCGGCAUCGUACCAAGGCGGCGGCGGCGGAGGAGGAGGAGGAGGAGGAGGCGGAGGCUUGCUAGUCGCGUCGCCUGGGCUGCUGCCGUUACGGCCAUCGUACGGCAGCGCGCCACCAUCGGGCAUCCAGUCGCCCUCUCUUACGGUGUCGCAAGCGGAGAUAACGCCCCAGAAUCGCGACCACCAGCGGGAGCCGCCGCCGCCGCCGCCGCCUGUACACUACGCUGAGGUCUACAGACAGCACUACGAACAAUACCAGCAACAGCAACAGCAACAGCAGGAACAGCAACAGCAACAGCCCACUUCCCCUGCGUUGCUGGUCCCCGUCAGCAGCCCACAAUCCCACGGGUCACCUUCUCCCGGAACAGGGCAGAUGCCGCUCACGGGCGUCACAGAGGUGACGGCGACGGCGGCGACGGCGGCGACGGCAGCAUCCAAUCCAAACACUGCAACAAGCAAUGGCAGUGGCGGCGGCGACGGCCCGGUGCCGCUCCCAGCGGCGCUGAUGCCGACGCCGUACAGGCCACGUAGGCUUUCCUUUGACGGCCUUAGCCUAGAGGGGUCGACCGCUCCACCGCUGCCGCUGCCGCCGGCGCCGUCGAGCUGUACGGUGCAUGAGGCAUCGGUUCCGUGGCUAGGCCAUGCCCUGACGGGGCAUCCCGCAACUCCUCCAAAACAACAGCCGCAGCCGCCCCAGCCGCCCCAGCCGCAGCAGCAGCAGCAGCAGCAGCGAGAGCCCUGGCCAGCGCCAUGGCAGCCGCAGCCGCCGCAUUACCCGUCUCAGCCGUUCCAGCAGUCAUGGCAGCAGGCGCAACACCCACAAGCCCGGCCAUACCUGCCGCAAUCGUACCAGGAAUGGGGAACGACCCGUGGGUCAUCCCCGCAUCUGCCGUCGGAACAUGAGCGACCGCAGCAGCGGACGGCGCUGCCGACACCGCAGCCGGGCACGCCGCGUACCGCCCCCCACCCAGCGCAGCCGCAUCUGGGGCUGCUGGGGAUCCCGCGUCCCCCACCCCACCACCACCAACAACAGGAUCAACAACAGGAUCAACAACAAAAUCAACAACAAAAUCAACAACAAAAUCAACAACAAAAUCAACAACAAAAUCAACAGCAACAGCAUUUUUUUUACCAACAUCAGCUCCUGUCGCCGUCAACACAGCCCCAGGCACUGGCACCUCAAGCUCAGCUGCCGUUGGCGGCAGCGGCGACUCCGCGGGGGCCGCCGCCGCAACGUGCUUUUACGCUAUCGGCUGCGGCCACCACUGGCGGCAACGACCCAUCGCCCUUCGCCUCGCACGCGGCAAUCGCGGCGGCGGCGGCGGCGACGGCGGCGGGUGCGCCACCCGACUCCCCGCGGAUUUCAUACGGCAGCGCAUUACCUGCCUACCGUACCACAAGCGCCACUAGCGCUGCCGCCGCCGGCGGAGGAGUGGUGGCAGCAGCGCUUGCGCCUCCGCCGCCGCUACCGCCGCAUUCGCCGCUGUCGAGCGGGUUCGCCGUCCAGGCGUCGGCUCCGGGUUAUUGCCGUACAUUUGCACCUAUGGUCUCGGAGCGCUUACCAUCCUCUCAAAACUUGCUUUCCCCGGGACCGACACAGGCGAUGUGCCCAAGCCCACUACAACCACUACAACCACUACAACCACUACAACCACUACAACCACUACAACCACCACAACCACCACAACCACCGCAACCACCCCAACCACUAAAACCACUACAACCACCACAACCACCGCAACCACCACAGCCACCGCAACCCGGGGCGGCGGAUUUCUCGACGAUUCUUCACGCACCACAUCCAGUGCCGCCGCCGACGUUCGGAUUGGCGCCGCCGCCGCCGCCGCCGCCGCCGCCGUCCCCAUCGGCGGUCCGACUUCAGCAGCAAUCACCGCCGCCGCCGCCACAGGAGCAGCAGCAGCGGCAUCCGCAGCAGUAUCUGUCGUACCAGUGCCAACAGGGGAUUCAGCAAGUGCCUCCCUCGCCUAAGCAACGGAGGCAUCAGCAAUCCAAGCAGCACCACCGCGACCAACACGAUUUCCUGAGACAACAGCAACAUUACCAACACCAACACCAACAGCAUUCGGAUCAGGUGCAAAUCCGCCAAGGAACUGCCGCUGCAGCAACUACGGCUGCACCAGCAGGACCGGCGCCGUACGGAGCGCCUGACACCGUUACGAACCCGUACACACCGCAGUACAGUGUCGUCCAACGCGCGUCGUCCGUACACCAACCGCUUUCGCCGCCACAAUACCAGCAGCAUCAGCAGCAGGAUGUUGGUCCGUCCGUGCAACCUGUUGCGGCGGAGGCAGGCAUGGCAGUGGCGGCGGCGGCGGCGGCGGCGGCAGCUCCGCCAGCGGCGCAAUCCUCUCCAGGGAAGGAGCCCGAGGCGCCGCUACUUCCCCACCUGCCUUCCGUACAGGACAUAUGGGCAGCGGCGACGCAUCUAGGUACGGAACUGCUCGACCUCCCCGCCGCCGGCGUAGGGGGGGGUGGUGCCGCCAUGCUCAUAGACAGUGAACCCAGCGGCUCAUUGUUGAGCGCGGGAGAUUCCCUGCCGGAGGUCGGCCGCGCGGCGGCGGCGGCGGCGGCCGCUGCAGGCGGCGGCGAGGAGGUCACCGGCGGCAUGUCACCCUUCCCAAGGCGCACCGGUGGAGCACGCAUAAGGCCCAUUAAGAGGUACUCAAAAUCGGAGGCGCAGGCACGAGAAAAGGAGCGGCAGCGGGCGGCAGCGGCAGCGGCAGCGGCGGAGGCGGCUGCUGCCGCCGCCGCUGCGGCAGCCGCGCCAGAGCAGCAGCACGUCAUGGCGAGCCCAAGGCCUCGAUCGGACACAGCUCGAGGUAGCGGCGGCGGCUCUGGUGCAGGAAGUGGAACCGGUACGGCAGCAGCAGCGGAACGGUACUUGACAGACGCGGGUGCGCCUGGCAACGGCGGCGGCGCCGCCGCCGCCGCCGCCACCGCGGCCGCUGGCAGGACGAAGACUUUCAGUGCUGCCGCACCGAAAGGAGCCAAGGCCGUCAGCCCCCCCAAGGUUACCGUACGAGUUAGGACGGCGGGUACGGCAGGUACGGCUCCCUCGACGGACGGACCCGCCGUCACAAUGGCGGCACCGCCACGGCGGCGACCGCCCGCGAAGCGACCUGCACCGGGGGCCGGUACGACGUCAGUCGGUAGCGCGGCGGUGCCUGAAGGCGAUUCGACGCAGCUUCCGCCGCCGCUGCCAGCCAAAAAGGCCAAAGGUCGACCGCGGAAGGCGGCAGCGGAGGCGGCAGCGGCGGAGGCGGGUGCCGUACCAGGCGCCCUGCUGCCCGGGGUUGCGGCCGUCGGGACAUCCACAAAGACCAAAAGACCAAAAAUGCUACAACAACAGCAGCAACAGCAGCGUGCGCCGCCAUCGCAAAUGCAAGCAUUACAGCUGCUGCCGCCGCCGCUACAGCCGCUACAGCCGCCGCCGCAGCAGCAGCAAAGUGUGCAACGCCAGCGGAUGGGUUCUGGGCCCAUGAUGUCGGAGGGGGUUUCGGAGCAACAGAGGCAGCAGCCGGCAAGUAGCAGCGCCCCGAGGAGGAGGAAAAAGAAAAAGCUGUCGUCGGAAUUGCAACAGCUGCCCGGGCUCGAUCUGACGACGGCGGCGGCGCCACCGCUUCCACUGACGGUGCUUGGGGCCGCGACGGGUUCGGCGACUGCUGCGCCGUCGUCAACCCCUUUGAAAUCGCUCUUGCAGCAGCCUGGCGCGACGGCGGCGGUGGUGGCGCAGAUGUCGUACACUGCGCGGCCGGGUGGCAGAUCGACACCGACCGAGCGGCCGCCAAAACUAACACGCCCCAAGAAGGGGGGAGGAGGAAGAGGGGGAGGAGGGGGAAAGCCGGAAGAUUCGGGCGCCGCCGCCGCCGCCGCCGCCAGGCGGGUUCCGGCGGCCUCGGAACAACCCACACGAGCUAAAGCGCCGAUAGCGGCCGGCCGUGUGGCGUCUAGCGCCGCGGCCGCCACCGCCGCCGCCGCCACCGCCGCCGCCGCCAUCGCCACCCGGGAUGACGUACCUGGCAACCUCGGCCCUGGGAUAUCACGGGAAGUCAUCGAAGCUGCCGCCGCCGCCGCCAAAGAAAAAGGCCUCGGCGGCGGCGGCGGCCGGAAACGCAAGCGGAGGGCAUCCGAGGGUGGCGCUGGCGCUGGCAGCGGUGCUGUCAAGCCGGCGGCGGCGACGGUCCUGGCAGCAGUGGGUUGUCGUACGGCGCCUUCCGUACCCAUCUGUUUCAAUCGUGUUGCCAGCGGAUUGCCGCCGCCGGUGCCGGCACCGCCGCCGCGGCGGUGGUCGCUGCCUGGCGUCGCUAUGCCAAGCGGUACGGUGACGGUGGCGGCGCCGCCAGGCGAGCUGAUGCCGCUGCAGACGCCGCCGCCGCCGCCACGGACGGCCUCAUUACAUGGAUCAUCGCCCGGUCGGCCCCGGCGUCAGCGCAUCGUUGUGUUGCCCAUUCGGUCCGCCGACCCCAACACAGUGCAUGAUCAUCAUCAUCAGCAACAACAACAACAACAACAGCAGCAGCAGCAACAACAACAACAACAGCAGCAGCAACAACAGCAAUACCAGAUGCAACAUCUUCGCCAUCAGCAGUACCAUCCGUACCACCAGUACGACCAGUACGGCAGAUACGGCCUUGAAGGACCAGAGCAACAGCGAGAAGGCUACAUGCAGCUGAGCCCACUGCCGCAGCAGCACCAGCAGCAGCAGCGGCACCAGCAGCAGAUGAUGAUGAUGCCGCAGCAGAUGCAGCAUCACGAGGCAGCAGAGGCUGCUAUUGUUUCGGACGGUGCUACGGCAACGGCAACGGCAAUGCGCUCAGGAAUGCCGCCCGGCAGCUUCCGCAACGGCGCGGGCUGGAACGCUGGUGGAACGUCACCUCGUGGAAUCGCCAGCGGGGACGCCGCCGCUGCUAAGGUUCCUUGUGUACGGCACGACGACAUAGCCGGCGUUAGUAGCAUCCAACGUCGACAACUGCCAAGAUACGAUAUACCGAUGGACAGGUCUGGAACUAGAUCUGCGCCGGCGGCGGAUACCGACGGUGGCGGCGGCGGCGGCGGCGGGGGUGGUGGCGGCGGCGGUGGCGGCGGCGCAUACAUUGGCACAGCAAGUGGUGCGGGAGUCGGCGCAGCUGAGACGGCGGCACAGCCCCAGCAGCCGUUGACCCGUCCGACCACCGCGGCACAGCGCUUGCGGGCGCUGUACGACAGUUGCGGAUUCAGCUCGUCCGACAUUUCAGUUGCGGAUUUUGAAUCCGAGGAGUCCGGCCUGGAGGUGGCGGAAACUGCGCAGGCAGCUUCGGGACUGGAUCCAGAGUCCAGAGCCGACGGGGAUGCAGAGGAGGAAGGGAAGGAAGGGGGGGCCUUAGCUGCUACAGCUACUGCUGCUACAGACGCCGGAGCCCUAGGUUCACCCACUAGGAGUGGUGGCGGCGGCGGCGGUGGCGGCGGCGGCGCUGAGGCUGUCGUAACGCUUGGCCACGCUCGCGGCAUGGGUAUUAUGGUACGACCCCAUGUACCGCCGCCACCCUCAGUGGGUGAUGUCCUCGAGGUUGCAUUGUACGGCACCGGGCUUCCCGCCGCUGCUGCCGUACAGAUAGCCGAGAGGAUCCAAAGCUGGUGGUUACGGGGCAGUGAGGAGGUUGAGGAUUGCGAUGAUGACGGCGGCCGCAGCGGCGGCAACAAUGGCGUCGGGAGGUUGCCGGCGGCGGCGGCACCGGCGGCGGCUAAGAGGACCGUCGGGGGACUGCUGUCCUGGCCAGGAUGGGCUGCUGUGAAGAUGCUGUGCGCAGGCGUUGAGGAUGAGAUUGCGUUGACGACGGCGGCAGAAGGCGAGAUGGCGGAGGAGGAGGGCGUCACGGCGGCGGCGGCGGCGGUGGCGGCGGCAACCACCAGGGUCGCCGAUGCCGGGGAGGUCUUCGUACCCACGACGACGACGGCGGCGGUGGCGGCGGCGGCGGCUGGCGCCCGCCUCAGUUGCGGCGGGAAGGUCUCCGUCAGCAACCCCACCAGCAGCGCUGGCAGCGGCGGUGACGGUGGAAACGACGGCUACUGCGCUGUACCAUCCGUGCCGUACACCCCGCCAGUUGUACCGACGCCACUCGUUGCGAGGGUGCUGGCGGCGUUGGAGCAGGAGCGUGCCGCCGGAAGGUUUGUACGGCUGCCGGCGACGUCGGUCUGGACAGCGUCGGCGGGCGCUGACGGCGGUGACGACGGCGGUAGCGGCAAGGCCGUGGCGGCUCCUAAGGUCCCCGGUCCGGAGGAAGAUGUAUGGAUGGUUGCGCCGCCGCCGACGAAGCCAGAGCUGGGGGGGGAAAUGGUGGCGGCGGCGGCGGAGCUGUCAGGUGCGGUAGCGGUGCCGCCGAAGCCGAAGCCGCCGUCAUUGCCCCCCACCGCGACACCGGACGACCCCGCUCAGACCAAGCUCGCUGCUGCAGAGGAGGAGAGACGCAAAGAGGAGGUUGCGACGGUGGAGGCGGCGGCGGCGGCGGAGCGGAUCGAGUCGCCCGCGGCGGGGGCUGCCGACGGCGGCGACGGCGAUGACGGAGGCCCGAGAUCAGCAACUGCGCAGGAUCUUUCCGGAUCAGGCGGGGGAGGCGACGGGGGGGCUGCGGCACCCAACAGUACGACGGACGACGGCGACGACUCGGCCGCCGCACUGGCGUACUUGCGGCGAGAGAUUCGUUUUUUCAACGAGCUAUAUGAAAAGCAGCACUCGUCAUUUUGGGGGAUAAGGGGUCCGAGGGGCGCGUGGGGGCGCAAAUGCUGUUGGGUCCUCAGCAACCGAAGCGCGGCGGCAGCGGCAUGCACCACAUAUGGUGUGAUGUGGUGUGAUGUGGAGUGUGGAAGUCCAAAGCCUGCUGGGGAACCGGCGGAGAGCUACCUGCUGGCCAAGCGGCAACACCCGCACAACCUGAAUCAGGGCCCAGCGGCUGCGGCAGCCGCGGCGGGUGCUGUACGGCGGGUGCUGUACGGCGGGUGCUGUACGGCGGUCAGGAUUAGAGUCAGCGGCGGCACUGGUAACUGCCAUAGUGGCGAGCUGACGUGGACUGUGCCUAGUCUCCCGCGUGCUCUGGACGAGGUGCAAAAGCCGUUGGCCGUUGCGCCGAGAUUGCUGGGACGCAACUGCAAAAAUACUUGA